AUGUCCCAGCAGAGUCUGACUUUUUUGAGUCAGUCUUCCGGACGGCUUUUCAAGCCCGCAAAGCCAGAUGGUGGUACCGCGCGUUUUAACGCGGGAUUGGCGGUAUAGUACUUCUUUUCUGGUGCACAUCAGCGCCGCAUGAGAAAGUGAAAGAAAGCGUAGUUAAUAUUUCUGAUCUUUCGCAGCAAAACAUCAAUCAAAAACUCUUCUUCGAAACAGGGCACGCUCGUUUUGAAGCAGCAAACGGAGGCGGAUCUGCAGAGAAUCGCAGGAGAGGAAAAGGAGAACGAGUACUCCGCGGCGGCAAACAGAGAAAUGCGCUUGGCAGAAUACCACUACGCAACCAGCAUGAAAAUGGGCGAGGUAUGUCAAUAAUGUUUUGCGUUUUAUUUCGCAUGAGAAAACGAGUUUCUAAUGCGCGGAUGUGCAUGACAAGAAUAUGAAAAUGAAAUUUACCAAACCUGAAACAGGAGCGCAAGCGCCUGGGUGUGCUGGACAUCCCGCCGAAGCCGGUUGCCUCCAUUCCGGGGUACUCUGGGUGGGUCCCGCGUAAGGAAUCCGCAAAUGUCAUCGGAACCACCUACAAGAUAGGUAUACGGUGAAUUUUUGUAGUCAUGCAUAACGUUGUAAUUACGUCAAUAGAAUACCAGAAAAUUUUUGUGAUGCGUGAAAGUACAUGAGCAGCCGAGUUGGUAAUGCCGACUGCGCAAGAAAAUGAUUAUCAGGUAACCUCCAAUCUGCGGAAGUUUUUGCGAAAGAGCAGGAAUCCAAGCGCAAGACCAUGGAGAAUAUCCUGGCCCCGGCUUCGGAUCUGAAAACGCCGGAUACCUACUAGGGCAUCAUUUCUAAAUGUUGCAGUAGCAGUUUUGUCGGAGGAUAAAAAUCUGAACUCCUUCGCAGCUUUCCUGAGCUGAUUUGCUGGAACUAGAAUUAGUAUUAAGCACAGCUGUUGAAUAUGGUUACUAGAAUGGAUACUUGCAGCUUGAAAUUCGCACCUCAAUAUAUUAUGUACCAACCCAAGCACCGGAAUUAUACCAAAGCCACAGUUUCGCUUUCGCAAUUUCAGUAGAAUACAGCACACUAAAUAUGGAGUCAGUAAUGAAAAGUUGUUUCUUUCGAUAUUUAGCAAAAACCUAAUGACAAACUUAAAACGCACAUUGUUUCGGAGCUUUUUCCCUUUAUGAUUUUCUACCCUCUGAUGUUUUUCCUCUCUGCUCACUACACUUCAGGAAUGUUAAUGUUUAGCAGUUCAACUGCAGAAGUACGAAUUACCCUAAUCCGAUUUUCCAGCGGGAUUUGGAUAACGGAGUCAAGAAACAGGCGGAAAUUUCAAUGGGCACCGUGGAGAUUCUUGUCGUUCUGUCUACUUCUACAAUCCGUCAAAAUUCGAGAGCUUGAUACACCUUUAGGUCCUGAUGUUUUUCCAACGAGACAUCUUGGCUGCGAGGAUAAAUUUUACAAUUCAAGAGAACUUCAACUUCACAGACGCAAACUGAGAUGUUUCGUUCUCGUCUGGUGCGGCAAAAUCGACAAU